CCAAUCAAUUCCAUUAAAAGCAAAAACCAGAAAGCGAUUAUAGAGCUUCUGAUUGCGCAUGGUGCAGACGUCAAUGCAGUGCCUGUUGGAAUCAUUACUGAAACCGCGUUACAGUUAGCUUGCCAGCGCGGAAACGAGGAAGUGGUAGACAUUUUGCUCAAGAAUGGCGCUGAAAUCAAUCCCGAGAUUGGCUUCAGAAACGCCCUUGCAAAAGCAUCAGGGGCAGGGUCAUUAGGGAUAGUCAAGAAACUCAUUGACCUUGGCGCGGACAUACAACACCCUGAUGUACUAUCAGCUGCUGCUAAAAAAGGCAAUCUUGGAAUAGUCAAUUAUCUUAUUGAAAGAGGCGCUGAUUUGCACGGAUACAACGGUCUAAAAGCCUUAGAAGCGACGAUAUCUGAGGAUCAU